CUGUACAUUGUAGUGAUUCAUGUUUCAUGUUUUUCAGGAAUUGGCGGAAUUUGAGAAGCUGGCGGAUCAGGUGAUGAACACAGCGGAAGGACUGCGGCGUGACGGCUUUGAGGAGCCCCACCCCCUAUUCCGCUGCCUGGUGGCUGAAGCAGAAGAUGAGAAGAAAAGAGAAGAAGGCCCCCGGUUGGUGGGUUACGCCCUCUCGCACUACAUCUACAGCACAUGGAAGGGGCGGUCCCUGUACCUGGAGGAUCUCUACGUCAUGCCGCAGUACAGAGGUAAAGGCAUCGGCUCCAAGCUGCUGACGGCUACUGCAGAACUCUGCCUGUCUCUGGGUUGCCCCCGCCUGCAGCUUUCCGUCCUGGACUGGAACCAGCCGGCCAUCUCCUUCUACCAGUCCUGCGGGGGCCGCAACAUGUCCGACGAGGAAGGGUGGCGCAUGAUCCGCUUCCUCCCCGACGACCUACGGCGGAUGAUUUCUAAGAGCGCCGAGCGGCCCGGAGACCCCGGACUGGCCUAACGCACUCUAGCUC